GGAUUCGGUUCCUUACGUGAGACCCGGGCUGCGCCGGGGACUGGACCCCGGGCUCCUCCCCACCCCCCAGCCCGCGCCCACGGGACAAUCCUUGCCUUGUCUCGCCGUCUGCAUCUCGGGUUUUCGGUGGCCUCGGGUUACGCCUUUUUUUCCAGGGCGGAGUCGCAAGCACAGCUCCUCCUCACAGCGGGCUCGGCUUCCCUUUUCCCAGAAUCUUCUCCGGGAGUUGGAAUCUGGGCGCUAAGCUCAGCCCCGUUGUGGGCCCUAGUGUCGCCUGAGUGUGCUGCUAGCCAUGGCUGCGUCAGGCCUGGAACCCCGGCUUCUGCUCCUGCUGCUGCUGCUGCUGCCGCCGCUGCCCCCGGUGACUUCUGCCUCCGAUCGACCCCGGGACUCCAACCCUGUCAACCCAGACAAAUUGCUGGUGAUCACUGUGGCUACAUCAGAGACAGAGGGAUACAGGCGUUUCCUGCAGUCUGCGGAGUUCUUUAACUACACUGUACGGACCCUGGGCCUGGGACACGAGUGGCGAGGGGGUGAUGUUGCCCGAACAGUUGGUGGAGGCCAGAAGGUCAGGUGGCUGAAGAAGGAAAUGGAGAAAUAUGCAAAUAGGGAAGACAUGAUCAUCAUGUUUGUAGACAGCUACGAUGUGGUUCUGGCCAGCAGCCCAGCAGAACUCCUGAAGAAGUUUGUUCAGAGCGGUAGUCAUCUACUGUUCUCCGCUGAGGGCUUCUGCUGGCCUGAGUGGGGGCUAGCGGAGCAGUACCCUGAGGUGGGCACCGGGAAGCGCUUCCUCAACUCUGGUGGAUUCAUCGGCUUCGCUCCCACCAUCCAUCAAAUUGUCCGCCAGUGGAAAUACAAAGAUGAUGACGACGAUCAAUUGUUCUACACUCGCCUGUACUUGGACCCAGGACUGCGGGAAAAACUCAAACUUAAUCUGGACCAUAAAUCCCGGAUCUUCCAGAACCUCAAUGGAGCCUUAGAUGAAGUGGUCUUAAAGUUCGACCAGAACCGUGUGCGCAUCCGAAAUGUGGCCUAUGACACUCUUCCUGUUGUGGUCCAUGGAAACGGUCCCACCAAGCUCCAGCUCAACUACCUGGGGAACUAUGUCCCCAAUGGCUGGACUCCACAGGGAGGCUGUGGAUUCUGCAACCAGAACCAGAGGACACUCCCAGAGGGGCAGCCUCUCCCCCGGGUGCUUCUGGCAGUGUUUGUGGAGCAGCCUACCCCCUUCCUGCCUCGAUUCCUGCAGCGCCUGCUAUUCCUGGAUUACCCCCCGGACAGGAUCUCUCUUUUCCUUCAUAACAAUGAGGUGUACCAUGAGCCUCACAUCGCAGAUGCCUGGCCACGGCUCCAGGACCACUUCUCAGCUGCAAAGCUAGUAGGGCCAGAGGAAGUCCUGAGCCCAGGGGAGGCCAGGGACAUGGCCAUGGAUAGCUGUCGGCAGGACCCCGAGUGUGAGUUCUACUUCAGCCUGGAUGCUGAUGCUGUCCUGACCAACCCGGAGACCUUGCGCAUCUUGAUUGAACAAAACAGGAAGGUAAUAGCCCCCAUGCUUUCCCGCCAUGGCAAGCUCUGGUCCAACUUUUGGGGCGCCCUGAGCCCCGAUGAGUACUAUGCCCGCUCUGAAGACUACGUGGAAUUGGUCCAGCGGAAGCGAGUGGGAGUGUGGAAUGUGCCCUACAUAUCCCAGGCGUAUGUGAUCCGUGGGGAGACCCUGAGGACGGAGCUGCCCCAGAAGGAGGUAUUCUCUGGCAGUGACACUGACCCAGAUAUGGCUUUCUGUAAGAGCCUACGGGACAAGGUGAGUGGGGUGGUUGGCAUGGGUUGCCAAGCCUGGGGACUUGAUGCUGUGUUGACAGCUUCCUAUUGUCCUCCUCACACAUGCCCACCCUUUACCCCACUCCAGGGCAUCUUCCUCCACCUCAGCAACCAGCAUGAGUUUGGCCGGCUGCUGGCUACUUCUCGCUAUGACACUGACCACUUACACCCAGACCUCUGGCAGAUCUUUGACAACCCUGUGGACUGGAAAGAACAGUACAUCCAUGAGAACUACAGCAGAGCCCUGGAUGGGGAAGGAUUAGUGGAGCAGCCAUGCCCAGAUGUGUACUGGUUCCCACUGCUGACAGAGCAAAUGUGCGAUGAGCUGGUGGAGGAGAUGGAGCACUAUGGCCAGUGGUCUGGAGGCCGGCAUGAGGAUUCCAGAUUGGCUGGAGGAUACGAGAAUGUUCCCACCGUGGACAUCCACAUGAAGCAGGUGGGGUACGAAGACCAGUGGCUUCAGCUGCUGAGGACAUAUGUGGGGCCCAUGACUGAGUACCUGUUCCCUGGCUACCACACCAAGACUCGGGCAGUGAUGAACUUCGUGGUCCGCUACCGGCCAGAUGAGCAACCCUCACUUCGGCCACACCAUGACUCGUCCACCUUCACCCUCAAUGUCGCCCUCAAUCACAAGGGCGUGGAUUAUGAGGGAGGUGGCUGCCGCUUCCUUCGUUACGACUGCAGAAUCUCAUCCCCGAGGAAGGGCUGGGCUCUCCUGCACCCUGGUCGCCUCACACACUACCAUGAGGGGCUGCCUACCACCCGGGGCACUCGGUACAUCAUGGUGUCCUUUGUUGACCCCUGACACUCAACCAGUCUGCCAAACCUUCUCUGCCAUUGUGCCUUGUUGGGCGACUGGGGACACCAUUCUCAGAGAGAGAGCAUCGGGCUCUUCUUGUUUCCUGAGUGUGCCUCGCGCUGAAUGUUCUGUCCCCAUCAUCGCUCUCAGGAGGUCCCUGGGGUAUGCCACCUUCUCACUGACCCCAUGGACUCGGGGACUGGACACUUUCCCCCCCAGAGACAGGGUUUUUCUGUGUAGCCCUGACUAUCCUGGAACUUGCUUUGUAGACCAGGCUGGCCUCAAACUCACAGAGACCCGCCUGCCUCUGCCUCCCAAGUGCUGGGAUUAAAGGCGUGCACCACUGCUGCCUGGCAGGAGUGGACUUCUGAGGGUUCCCUGCCUGAUAAAUUAUUGAGCUUCCUCAGCCUCACUUACAAUAAAAGGGUGUUUGUAA